UUGCGAGAGGGAAUACCCUUAAACAGGACAAGAAGGUAUGAACUAGAAAACUCUUUCUAGCUUCAAUUCAUCUGGAAUCCCGCUGCAUUUCCUUGCCAAAAUGAACGAAUUCCGUGUAUUACUCCUCGAUAUUGCCCAGCAUCUACGAAAAGAUGAUUUAGAGCACCUUAAGUUUGCUUGCAGUACAUUUAUUCCUGCCGGAAGAGCAGAGUUUAUUUCUCGACCACACGAAUUAUUCUUGGAAUUGGAGAAGAUGGGCAAACUAAGUGAGAGUGACCGAGAAUUUCUGGCAGUUAUCCUCGUCAAAAUCGGCAGGAAUGACUUAAGAAAUAAACUCCUUGGGAUCCCAGAAAGACCACUGUAUGAAGAACGACCACAUACUCAAGCUACAGCCAGAAGACAGCAUCAGUUGGAGCCUUUCAAACAAAGAGUCUCAACAGAGAUUAUCUUGGAAAUUGCUGAAAAAACUAGCACCAGUUGGAAGUUUUUAGGCCGGCACCUCAAGGUACCAGAGCACACUUUAAGUAAUAUUGAUGACACAUAUAAAARAACAGAGGAAAAAGGAUAUGCAAUGCUGAAGAAAUGGUCUGAAACCAGUGCGACACCUACAGUACUUGUUCUCUUGAGGGCACUAGAUAAGUGUGGGAGAAGAGAUCUUGCGGAGAUCAUUGAAGAAAAAUUUGGACCAAAUGUGAAUGUCCCUGGACAAAGACAGUUCCCAAAUAUGCGGGAUCUGGAAGAUAACCUACCAGACAUAGCUGAUGCAAGGUAUCCCAUAGCACAGCAUGGUGACACUGCCAGACAGGGGCGAACCGAGCAGCAUGUCUUCAAGCAGCAAGAUGAUACCGUACCUACUGAAAUUGUUGCCCGCGGUGCAGAAGCACAGAAAGCGUAUGAAGAAGCCCUUAAAAGUGGAAAAAGAAAAAAUCAGCGUAUACUUGUUAUGGUGGUGGGGCCGGCACGCGCAGGAAAGACGAGUUUACUUAAAUCUUUAAACGGAGAAGAGUUUGACCCAAAAGAAGACAGCACUGAUGGGAUUCAGAUGCAGCACACAUUUUGCAAACCACAAGAAAACUGUUGGGGUAAGGACAGUGACGAAGGUAUCUCAUACUCGGACUGCAUGGCGAACGUUAUUUUUGAGAAUCUUCAAGGCGAAAAUGAUGAAAACAUUGCUGGAGCUAGCAAUGACUCGGAACUCGUAAAAAAUUCGGUGGGAUCCAGUGAAAAUCUUCCAAAGAAUGAUGAUAGCGAUGAUCACAAUGAUGACGAUGACGAGACUAAAGCAAGCGAUUCUUUGCAUGAAGAAACUAGAAAUCUCCCAGAAUCCGUCAAAGAAAAAUUAUUAAUAAAAUUAAAUCAAAAAAGCGACAAGACGAAAAAGAAUGAAUUGUAUAUAAAAGCGAUUGACUUUGCUGGCCAGGCUAUCUACAAUGUCAUCCAUCCCAUAUUUCUAACUUCGAAAGCAGUCUUCAUUCUAGUUUAUAAUUUAAAAAACAUUCUUCAUGAUCCCAUGAAAUCUAAAGUCGAGAAAGAGGGCGCAGAAAGAGAACUCGUAGAUCCCUUUGAGAUGACAAACCUGGAAAACAUGGAGUUAUGGUUGUCCUGCAUUUCUUUCUACACAGAUACACAGAGAAAGCCAAGAGUAGACGAAUUGUCGUUGCCCCCUGUUUUCAUAGCCGGAACCCACGCAGACGAAUUUGACAGUAAGCUCGAAGCUGCAAAACAGAUUAUCCGAAAGAUAUACAAAUGUCUAAGUCCCAGUAAAAACCCAACUGGCUAUCAUGUUAAACGUGAUCAAAUCUACACCGUGAAUAACAGUAUUUCUGGUAAUGGAGAAAUAAGAGAUGAGUCCGUUAGAAAACUCAAGGUAGAUGUUGAAGAGUUGUCAAAGUCUCUUCCACAUAUGAAUGAAGAUAUUCCUAUCAAGUGGCUGUUGUUUGAGGAGCAGCUGUCAGACCUUGUAACGAAGAAAAACAAAAAAUACAUCACAAUCGAUGAAGCUCGGAAGAUAGCCAAUGUGUGUAAGGUGAACGUGAGUGCCAAAUCCAAGGAAUUCCCCACCUUGUUAAACUAUUUGCACGACUUGAAGACUAUAAUUUACUUUGAGGAGACUAAGGUAGUAUUCAUUGAUACGCAAUGGCUGGUCAAGGUGUUUACAAAAGUCAUCGAAGUCAUGCCAGUUGAGAAACGAGAUGGCUUUGAUAAGUCCUGGGAUAAACUGGAAGAAGAAGGUGUCUUGGAAAGAGCUUUGGUGGAGCACGUAUGGAAAGGCUUAGUAGAGGAACAAGACACAGUUGAUUCUCUUCUUUUAAUUAUGGAGAAGUUCUCACUCAUUUGUCGUUGGAAUACUAGCGAAGGAGAAGAAGUGUACCUUGUUCCCUGUAUGUUGUGUAACAGCAUGAAGCGAGAACAAAUCGCAAAUUUCCUAAAAGAUCAGAAGACGACAACAAUGGUCAUUCGUUUUAACACUUCUCAUUUAUCGCUAGGUAUCUUUCCUAGACUUUUUGUAGCUAUUGCUGAAGAAGGAAAGAAAGAAUGGCCAAAUCUACGACAACCAAAACUUUGCAAAAAUUUCUGCAGGUUUUCUAAUGUUGGCAAAGAAAGAAAGUUUGAUGUCUUUGUCAUUCAGUCAAGCAUUCGAACAAUCAGUGUGCUAGUAUACAAUAAACAGAACAGCGAUCUUGAAGACGUCACCAAAUUCUGCCAGUACUUUCGUAAAAUCCUUGCUGAAAUCUUUGAUGACAUGCGGCGAAAGUUUCCUUGGAUGCAAAACGUGACAUUCGAGUAUGGAAUACUCUGUCCUGUUUGUACAAUCUUACCAAACAAUUGCAAUUCUCACGAGAUAGAGGGAUGCACCAGGGAUUCAUGCCUUCACUUCGUAAACGAGGACCGCUUGAGCGAAGAUGCACCGGAAUGCGAGAAGAAUGAUGCAAAUCUAGAUAACGUGAUAGAGGAGGAGGCAUAUAUGUACUGGUUCCCAAGACAAGCUGUAGGUUCGACGUUUAACUUCACUAAAAACCAGAAACGAUGGUUGGUGAUCAGCAUAUGUUUGAACAUUGUUCUUCUUCCGCCAUUACGAAAGUUCUUAGAACCUAAUAUACUGAACCACUACAAUAAUCUGAAGGCCAGAAACAUCCACAGCCAAGUCUAUGGAGGGCAGCUUGCUAAUGACGGAGGCCAAGUAUUGAAUUAUCGUAGCAUAAACAACAAUGGCACAAUAAAGAAAGAAAAAAACUACGACUACAAAGUUACGUCUGCUGUUGAUUUUGGCAAGCUGUACUUACAACCUCGCAUGGCUAAAUUCACAGGGUUCGAUGAUACCUGUGAUCUAUCUGCUGUCCUUGGUAUUCUUUCAUCUGCCAGUGUGUUUUCUUCUGACGUUCAAGACUUCUCAAGUAAAGUACGAGAAGUAAGAAAUGAAUGGGCCCACUGUAACUUGCGGAGCUGGGAUGAAACAAAGUUUGGAGAUUCCUUCAAGGAAAUGCAUUCUCUUCUAAAAGCUCUGAAGCUGUCAUCUGACGAUGAAAAGACAGUAGCUGAUCAACUGAAAGACUGGGAAGAAAAAGGUGUGCGAAUGUGUAUGACCAACACACUUCAACUAGAGUUGGUAAAGGAUAUCGAAGACAAAGUUACCCAGUUAUCUCGAGAAUUCAAUCUUGCUCUCCGUCGAAAUGAAGAAAACUUUGAUCAGAUAUCCCAAGAAGUCAGCAAAAUACUUAAGACCUUGGAUACUGUACAGGAUGCUAUCCAAUCUUUAAAACAGAGAAUGGGCCGUGUUGAGCAAAGAGUGGGAAGUGUUGAGCAAAGAAUGGGGAAUGUUGAGGAAAACUACGAUUGUCUAAAUGACCGAGUUAAAUGUUUGGAAGCAGGAAACCUGAAAUAGAGCUUUUGUUAUGAGAAAAUUAAUGUUUUUUGAGACUAAGCUAGACAUCAGUUUUCUAAUUACUACUUCUUAUCGUAUAUCGUAUGAAAACAAGAUAAAGAACGAUCAAUUAGCUAUGUAAAAAUAUCGAUAUAAGAUUUCAGUAAGGCUACCAUCGCGCACAAGUUUAGAUGAUGGUAUGCAUUGAAUUCACAAGUAAACCUCUUAGCUCCUCCCAUUAGCAUUUGUACCUCUGGUUAUGCCCUACGCAGUUUUUACCCCUUUGCUUAGUUAUUUUAGCACUAUUCUUUUGAAUCUUAUGAUAGAAAUAUUCCUCGUAGCCUUUUCAUACAUUUACAAUAUAUUCAUAUAUUAACUUUAGUUUAAGCUAUGUUUAAUUCCAAGAUUUUCGCUCGUAUUACUCUUUAAUAAGAUAUCACACUUAAGAAUUUACUAUUUCUUUUAGCCAAUCAUGAUUCAAUGAUAUCACAUUGAUGAGAGAUUGACACCUGUCAUAGAAUUAUCAUAAAUAGAGCUCAUGUAAUUAGUUCAACACAGAGAACAGAGAGUAGAAUAAAGAUCCCGGAGCUCGUACCAAGAGCGGUCGUCCCA